CAUGGGAGGACGGCGAGCGGGAUCGAAGCCGUCCGUCUGUCCGUCAACCUGCGCGUGACGCUGCUGCCGCGGCAGCCAUUAGCCGCUCCGGCUCCAGCGGCCGCCUGUUCUGCUGCGACCUCUGACCUGAGCAGCUGCUGCUUGCACCAGUGUAUUGAUGGAGCCGGCGACUUAAGUGGAUUAAAGAGAGGGAGGGGCGAGCGCGCCGGCGCGCGGGCGGCCACUGGUCACUCGGCUGGAGCUCCUGGAGGAGCGAACAUGGUCAGCACGAGCUUCCGCCGCCAGACCUGAAAUCUCCUGCAGCACAGCGGUUCAGCGAUGUGGAGCCUGGUGCUGCCGGUCGUCAUGGCGACGGUGGUCAGCGCCGGCGGCGGCGCUCGCGUGGUCAGCGGUCAGACGCUGUGCAUCGGCCGAUCGGAGCGGCGCUGCUACAAAGUCGCGUACUUCCAUGACGUGUCGAGUCGCGUGGCGUUCUGGGAGGCGAGCGAGGCGUGCGGCACCGAUGGAGGAGAACUGCUGAGCAUCGAGAGCGAGGAGGAGCAGAGGGAGGUGCAGGAGCUGCUGGAGGAGCUGCGCUCGGGCUCGGGGGGCGGCAUCUCAGACGGCGACUUCUGGAUCGGACUGAGCCGCUCGGACGGUCCUGACGGGAUCGCGUCCUGUCCCCAGUCGUACCGCUGGACGGACGGCAGCCCCGCCACCUUCAGGAAGUGGUACUUGGAUGAGCCAUCCUGCGGCGGUGAGGCCUGCGUGGUGAUGUACCACCAGCCGGCUGCGCGGCCGGGACUGGGCGGAGCUUACCUGUACACCUGGAACGACGACCGCUGCAACAUGAAACACAACUUCAUCUGCAAAUAUCAGUCAGAGCGUCACCUGCUGGAGGAGGACGGCGUCAGCGAAGGGCGGGACACAGAGCCUGCGCUGGGAGAGGGCGGAGCCACAGAGGACACGCCCCCACAGAUGCCAGCGCCCGGCGCCCCAGGGACGCUGCUGCUCUACAUCGUCAUUCCCACCAUCCCGCUGCUGCUGCUGCUCCUGGUGGCGGCGCUGAGCUGCUGCGUGCAGACGCUGAGUGGAAGCUCCCGCAGAGCCAAGACCACAGUCGGCGCCCCCAACCUGUGGAUCAGCAGGGCGCCCCGAGCCGAGCGCAUCGCCGUGUGACGGCGCCACGGGGCAGCACUAAUAAAGCCCUUCACAC